UCAGUAACGUAGUGACCUUAAGUUCGAGGUAGCUCCACAGUUACGAGAAGAUCACAGUCACUAACGCCAACUGGAAGGAAGGAAACUGAAAAAUGUCGAACUACAAACAACUAGCCGACUUUGGGCCGGAGACGGACGCCAAUGAGGACACACAGAAAAUAGCGGACACAGUUAAAGUAUCCCUAGAGGAAAAGACUGGUAGAAAAUUUGCAGAGUUCAAGGCCAUGUCAUUCCGCUCUCAACCUGUAUCAGGAAUGAAUUACAUUAUUAAAAUAUGUGUUGGUCGUAGUACAUAUGAUUACAUAUGGGUGCGUGUCUAUAACAAUCUUGAUGGAGAGGUAAGUCUCACUUCCUACCGGUUGGACAAGAAAAAGGAUGACCCAAUUGAAGUUUUUGAAUAAUUUUUGCUGUUACAUAACUGUUUUAAUACAUUGUGCUGAUUUUCGUUGCUGAUUUCAUUUGCUGUUUUUGCUGAUUUUUAUUGCUGAGUUUUUAUUUGCUGAUUC